AUGCCCCGUGCCCCACGCGUUCCCGCGACCCCCCAGGCCGGCGCAGCCCCUAGCGCCCGCAGCCGUCGCGCCGUCGCGCCAGGCAUGCAGGUGAGCGAGAGGGCCCCCCACGCCCCCACCCGAGGGACCCCGGCCCUGCCCUCCUCGACUCCGCGCCCUUCGCCCCCUAACCCUCCCGGCGCGGCCCCCCGCCCGACUCGAGCCUCCAGCCCAGAAGCUCGCCUCGCCCGCCGCGCUCCGCAUCCCACCGCGGGUCCGGACUCCGUCCUGCCCUCCUGCGCAGCGGUCCCGGCGACUGCCUGUAUCCCGCCUUUGGCUCGGCCCCUCGCAUCCUCCUGCCUCGGCUUCCUUUUCUGCUCUCGGCGCUCCCUCCCACGGAGCCCCUUCGCCUACCUCCUGGUCCUCGUUACCCCCCCACCCCCACACUCAUCGUUUUCCAGCGGGGUCCAGGGAGCGCGGGCCUUCGGGAAGGGUGGGCUCGCGGCCGCGCUGGGGAUGGGCCCUGCUCCCCCAGCCCCAGACUCCCGCCCCACCCCCAGCUCGUCUCCUGCGCACAACAGGUCGGUGAGGAGCGAGGGGAGGGUGGGGGUGGCGCGCCAGCCGGGCGACUGCGGGCUUCCUGGAGGGGGUGACUAA